AGAUAUGGAAAAUCAAAACGAACAAACACAGAGAUAAGCUUUAUUGCGGUUUCUUUUCAAGCCCACAUACAAAAAUAUAGACAUAGUGUAGUACAAUCUUAGAAAAUACCAAACAUUUCUAGUUUUCACUUCAAUCUCCAUGCCCCUCCGGCAGAGAAGAAGUAGACUUUAAAUCAACAGUUGACUAACCUAAAAAACAAAACAAAAACAUAACGGGGAAAAUCCCACUACUCUUAGCUCUAUUUGCGUGAUUUGGUUUAAAAAGCCCCCAGUUUUACCACAUUUAAACUUGCAGAAUCCCAGUGUUAAAACGCAACUAUGCCGACUAAUGGCAAACUUUACCAGUUUAUGAACUGCAACAUUCUUAGCGACCACAAAAUAAUUCGAGAAGAUAUUUGGGUGAGAAAUGGUAAAAUUGUUGACCCAGAAAAGAUAUUUUUCGAUGAGAAAAUAAGUGCUGAUGUUAAAAUCGACUGUGCAAAUAAGCUGAUUGUUCCCGGUUUUAUAGAAAUUCAAAUAAAUGGGGGUUAUGGAUACGAUUUUUCCUUCGAGGAUAAAACAGAAGAGGGUUUGGCAAUAGUUUCAAAAAAACUACUAGAACAUGGGGUUACAGCGUUUUGUCCCACUGUUGUAACUUCACCAGUAGAUAUUUAUCGAAAAGUGUUGCCAAAGGUAGCACGACGAAAAGGUGGACCCCAUGGAGCUACAAUUCUUGGAGCCCAUGUUGAGGGCCCUUUUAUAAAUACAGGGAAAAAGGGAGCACAUCCAUCAGCCUGCAUUUUAUCCUACGAUCAGGGAAUUACACAAUUGGAAGAAACUUAUGGAAGUUUAGAUAAUAUUCGAAUAGUAACUUUAGCCCCGGAAUUGCUCAAUUCCUCGUCGGUAAUAGGAGCCUUGAGGCAAAGAAACAUUGUUGUUUCGUUGGGGCAUACAAUGGCCGAUUUGGUCCAAAGUGARGAAGCGGUUUUGAAUGGUGCCAAUCUAAUAACUCAUCUAKUUAAUGCCAUGUUGCCUUUUCAUCACAGAGACCCGGGUUUAGUUGGGUUAUUAGCGUCWAAAAAAAUUCCUGAGAAGAAUCCCGUAUUUUUUGGCAUAAUAGCUGAUGGUAUUCACACUCAUCCUGCUGCUCUAAGAAUUGCUUACCGGGUCCAUCCUGACGGUUUGAUAUUAGUGACUGAUGCAAUAUCAGCGCUGGGCUUACAGGCUGGUCAGCACAAAAUUGGCCAACUGGACAUUGAGGUGAAAGAUAACAAGGCUUUUAUUGCGGGCACUUCUACUCUUUGUGGAAGCGUAGCUUCAAUGAUUCAAUGUGUUCGGAAUUUUAUCAAAUCUACAGGUUGCUCGCCCGAGUAUGCUUUUGAAGCAGCAAGUUUUCACCCUGCGCUAGCUUUGGGUAUUGAAAAAAAUAAAGGGUCGCUCAGUUACGGAGCAGAUGCGGAUUUUAUAAUGCUAACGGAUGACUACGACAUAUCCUCCACUUGGAUAGAUGGAGAAUGUGUCUACAGUGAGGGUGGAAUGUAAUAAUUUUUUCAUUCUUUAAAUUAAUUUUAAGAGUUAUUCUAAAUUGAAGGACCAGCUGAUGUUAGUAAGAUGUAUUUUUUUAUUACUUUAUAAAGAAAAAGUGGAUGAUUUAAAUAAAUAAUGCUAUGACUUA